AAAUUUACCUCAAAAGGAUGCCGCUUGGCAUCGUACCCAAAUGCCAAUCUUCCGUCUUAAUGCUUAAUUGGGCCUCUGUUUAUUAUGUUUUUAUCUAAUCCACCCUCUCCACUACAUCUGAUUUAUUACAAAUCAUUUUAGUCUUUUCUCAGCCAUCCUUCAUAAUUUGUUGCAAAAUUUAAAUUUUAUUCUCCCUAAAAUGUCCACCAGCAACAUCUGUUCUAAAUGUUAACAUUUCAAUUAUGAAUGCAACUCAAACUAUCAGGGAAAAAUCCCAGAUGAGCUCAAAAUAUUACCACAUUAAAACAGUUCAGAUGAAUAUCCUCCACAGAGAAGCUUACUGCUGAAAUUAACUGUUUAUUGUGAGACAUUAUUUAUUGGUUCUGUUGUCAGAUAAAACUGCUUGAGGUUUGCUCAGAAAAAGUUGGUAUUGGGCCAUAAAAGUAAUUUUUUUUUACAAGCAGGAGUGUAUUUAAAUCAAAUGAAGACUGACAUUGUAACUGAGAUCUUCUUGAGACACUACAGGGAAGCCUAUUGUCUGGUUGAGUGGGGUUGGUGUCUUGUUGCUGCCCAACUACUUUUUGUUGAUGUACAUAUAUAGCCUUAGUUUCUUGUCAUCUCAAAGGUAUUUUCAGCAUGACUGGGGCAAGUGAACGGAUUAGACCUGGAAGCUGUUUCUUUCUGGGCAAGCUGACAAGUGCAUUGAGGUCAACAACAUAGCAGAGAGAGAAAAAAAAAUCCAUCCAUGUUUAUUUCCAUCCAGCCUUGAAGAGCUGAGUAGCAAUAUAUUUGAAGUGAUAAGAUGAGCUUUGUGUGGAGGAGAGAACACAUCGCAGGGGAUGACUGUGCUCUUGUUUGUGCCUCUGGCAGAACUCACAUGGUUAUGUAAGCAUCCUACAUUGUGGGCAGACGAGACUGCAGCAAAUUGUGUCCAGUUGUUGUGUAGGAAUUAGUGGCCCUGCUUAGAGACUGCUGUCCUCUCCAACUUGUGAGUAAGCUUCCAUACUAAUCACAGCAUCACAUCUCAUUGAAGUAUGCUGGAUAAUCAUGGUAAUCUUCCUCCUCUUUCCUGUCCUCCUUGCCAGAAGAGACAGUUGUUGACAUUUGAAGUUAAAGCAUUGUCCCCUCUUUACGUUUUUUCACUGUAUUGACUUUGUUCUUGUUCUUCUUUUGUCCCUUUUUUGCCCCUUUUAGGUAAGGUUUGUUGGAUCCCUUCUCUAUGUCAGUAUGCAUGUGUGGGUGUGUUUUCUUUCUCCCACUCUGCAGUUGACCUAAGUGUAACACUCCUUUUACAGUGUAUCAUAGGCUAAUGGCCUCGGUCAGCUUCUUCCUCUUUGCUUCAUAAUCACUAAACCUUUAUUUCAAUCUGCUUAAGAGAAAAUGCUUCGAUUUGCACCAAAAAUCAAGAUCCAUGUGAAAUCAAGGUAGAUUUAGGAACCCAUGAUUCAUGAUUCACAUCCCCUAGAAUAAUCAUCUCCACAUAUUUUAGAUUUUUUUUCCUCCCCUCUUUGAGUUUCCGUGGCUGCUGUUGAAGUAAUCUGAUUGGCUGUAACCACGGCUCAGACUCUGAAUGGCUUGCCGUGUAGAAAAGUUUCCCCCUCUGCUUGUUUACCUUUUUCUACCUCUAAAACAGUGAAAGUUGUGUCUGUAUGUGCGUGGUCAUUAUGUGGGACUGAGAUGUGUGUGUGUCUGCUACUUACCAGGCAAUAGAGUCGACUUACAGGGAAAACCUCUCCACCUUUUUACACUCCGAGUGUCUCUGUCCCCAUGGUACAGACUUCCAUCCUCCCCCCAUUUCUUUGCUCCUCCUGCACAGCAUGUUUGUCCAGAGGUGUACUCCUGCUUGCCUCAAUCUCUUACUUACCAGAGGCUUUAAGCAGUGUUGGAGGUAGGAUGCAGAAUUACAAUGUUCAAUAAAUAAAAACAAUGUGAAACUAAAAAAAACCCAACCUCAUCCAUAAUUGUUGUUUAAAUCCUCCAUAACACCAAUAGCAUUGCAGAAGUGACUCUAAACACUGCUCAAAGCAUUGCUGGCUAUUCUUUCAGGUACGUUCCUAUAUUUCAUGUUUUUAUUUGUUGUGGGGUUAAGCACAUCCCAGACUGAGCUUGCUGGCUGUAGACUAGCCAGGACAAAGGAUCUUGAGGAGAGAUCCUUACUGGGCUGACAAGCAUAGGCAAGGCAAAAAGCUUAGAGGGGGAAAAUUGUGGUCUUCCCUAGAAGCAUUCAUCAUAUUUUAAAAGACAGCUUAGUUGAUUUAGGCACGGGUCAGUUAUUGUUAUCAAGGUCAAUGUUCUUAAAAGCAAGUUAUUACUUUUCCUUCAGACAGUUUUUGUUGUUUAAAGUUCUUAUAGAGAAAGCAUCAGGAAAAAAUUGAUCUAAAUGGCCAAAAUAAAACAAAGACGCAUCUGGUCAUUUAUAAAUUACAAGUGAAAAUAGCAAUGUCCUGCAUAUCUGAGCUUUUAUAAAUGAAGUCAAUGCAACGCGACAGGUGUGCUGAGACAUUGACAACAGCGCCUGUGCAUAAAAUCUGUUGAAAAUUUCUCCAUAUACUUUUUAUAACAAUGAUGGUAGAGGAACAAGGUUUAUAAAUCCAAGCCGAGGAGAUGCUUGGAAUAUAAACUUUUAAAUUAAACUACCAGCUUGUUACACAAACUAUAUUUUAUCACUGAAUCAUUCCCUCAAGCUAAAAUAGUCAGCGGGGGCUGUGGCUACCUCACAUAGCGAGUCAGGGUCAUAACAGAGAGGAGCGACUUCAACCAUUAGAGCUUUAAGAUUAAGCACCUGCAUAAAUGAAUAUAAACAGUAUUUAUUCUUCUGUAACACUUUUAUAUUAACUCUGUAGUUAGUUGUAAAUAGUAAAUCUACUACAUCUGCAAGAGUUGGCUCACAAUAGCAGAUGUUUCCUUCAGAGACACUUAUUGUUCAAAAGGAGCCUUGUUAAAACAUGAUUCAUGUUGUCAGAACUGGCACAUGCUUAAUUGAGACUAACCAGUGCUGUCUUCUGUCUCCCACAUUUUGCUAAACACUGCUGAGCAGCUGGCUUCUGCACUUUUCCCCCCUUGCUUACAAGAAAGAAAAAUGAAGAUGUAUGAACAUAUUUUAAUCGACUAAAGUCAGUUAUGAUGCAAAACUGUCCUGCUUAUGUUUUAAUAAUAAUUCAAAUAAGAAUAAACUUGACUGAUUUCACCUGACAGUGCUUGGAAAUAAUUUUUUUUCCCACAGUAGCAAGUUAGAAGCAGCAUCUCUGCUGAGAUGUCUGCAGACUGACUAUGAGCUGGUAGCCCAAUUUGUUAAUUAGUACAUGCUUUUUGUGAUCUGUUUCACUUAGGGAUGCAGCGAUAUAAAAAUUUGAGUCAAUAUCUGAUAUGACUAUUGCUGUUAUGGCACUCUGACAUUGCUUCUCUGCUUCAGUUAAACACCCGACAGUCUUGCUCUGCAUCACUGACACAGUCUCAUAUGAGCAAACCAAUACCACAUUGCCAAAUUUUUGUUUUUCAGAUUUUUUUUUUAAACAGGUCAUAUUUGUUUUAUAUAUUUAAGUCAACAAAGUGUUGCAGUGGAACAAUUGUAUUUUUUUCUAAGCUUAUCAUCUUGUGAGGAUGCCCUGCUGGCCCGUGCCUAAAUGUGUUCAAUGCGUAUUUUAAGUUGGCGAGAGUCAUCCGGUAAUCUCUUUAUAAAAGGGUCAAUAUGUCUUAACAGGCAUACAAACGUUUGACGUACUGUAGCUGCUUUUUCCCUACGGGUUGUUGAUGAGCAGUAAUAUAGAACUUCUUAUAACCUGUACCAUUUAUGAUCAAUUCUAGGUAGCGAUUUUAGUGUUUUUCUGUGUUUUAUGCUGCCUGGCUUUUGAUAUGCAUUACACUUCUGCAUGUAGGAAAACAUAAAAUUCAAAAUAUUGGUACAUUUUAUUUUAAUGGUAACUUGUUGAUCUGUAAAAUGAAUAAAUGAAAGUUACUGGUCACAACAUUCAGUAGUGGAAAAGCUUAGGUUUAGGGGAUGGUAGUCUGGUUUCUUGGGUUACAUUUUCAGUCAAAAUGCACAACAUCACUUUAGGGGCCUGGGGACUUGGACAAGCGGUUUGAAUUAGUGGUGAGAGGAGAUUCCUGUAAGCACCUAGCCCUGAGUAAAGGGAUUAGGUGGGUGGGGGUGGGCGGUGACUCACGGAAGACCCUCUGGUAAUAAAUGCCCUGAAGCCCCAUUACCACACACCCAACCCCACCUGCCCUUCUCUGUGUGCCUCAAUCUUCCUGCUUAACCAAUUGGUGUUUCUUUUUUACAGCGAUUUGAUCCUGCCCAUGUUGUGCUGAUGGUAAACUUAGUGGACGCACCGACCCUGUGCCCAUUGUUCUUAAAUAUGAUGUCAUGGGGAUGGGCCGAAUGGAGAUGGAGCUGGACUAUGCAGAGGAUGCCACAGAGAAGCGGAGAGUGCUUGAAGUGGAAAAAGAGGAUACAGAAGAGUUGCGGCAAAAAUACAAGGACCAGGUGGAAAAAGAGAAAGCUAUCGCAAAAGCGCUGGAAGACCUGAGGGCGAAUUUCUACUGCGAGCUUUGUGACAAGCAGUACACUAAACACCAGGAAUUUGACAACCACAUUAACUCAUACGACCAUGCCCACAAACAGAGGUUAAAAGAGCUGAAGCAGAGAGAGUUCGCUCGCAACGUGUCCUCCCGCUCUCGGAAAGAUGGAAAGAAGCAAGAGAAGAUGCUGCGUCGACUGCACGAGUUGGCUGAGCAGAGGAAAAAGGACAAACAGGACCGUACGCCUGGAAGUGGCCCAAUGUUCAAAACAACCACAGUUGCUGUUGACGGGGAGAAAGAAGGAGAUGGGGACGGCAUGCCACUUGAGAACCCCAUUUUUACAGAUUCCAUCCUCGAGAGUUCACCGUCAGAGAAAACUGGCCAAUCUUCCCCAAAGCCCAGCCCAACUUUAAAUUUUUCUCUGGGGAAGAACACAUCCUCAUCCUCAUCCCCAACCCCUACUGGCACAUCAAAAGUCAGUGUAUCAUUCUCGUUUGCAAAGAAAGCCCCAGUAAAGCUGGAGACGGCAGCGGCUGUGUUUGCUGAUCAUGGCGAGGAGGCCGUGGAGGAAGAGGAAAAUCAGGAAGGGGAAAAGGCUGGAGGACAAGAGGAGGCAUCUGGAUGCAGCACAGAGAGUCCCAGAAGAGCACCUGAAGGAGAUGAAGGAGGGGAAAAAGGUGGUGUAGCUGGGGCAGAAGAUAUCCAGCAGCCUGAUGACGGAGGAUCCUUGACCUCGACUUUAAACAAACUUAAGAUGAUGAUGAAAAAGGAUGAAGGAUUUUCUGGACAAGAACCACAGUACUACCAUUACAUCCCGCCAGCUCAUUGUCGUGUAAAGCCCAACUUCCAGUUUUUGUUGUUUAUGAAGGCUUCUGAGCAGUGCCAGAGCAAAGACGAUGAAGAUGAAGAGGAAGUAGAUGAAGUUCAAAAGGCUGAAGAAAGCUCUGAUCAAACAGAGUCCAAAGAAACUGAGUGUAAACCUGAACAAGAACAAGGUGAGGAUAUAUCAGCAACUGAACCAGAACCGCCUCCUUUAUCACCUAAAGUGAAGACAGAGGACAAUAUCUCAUCUUGUGAGCAAGAGACCGUUUCAACUGCUUCCACUUCUCCUACUCAGAAAGCAGAGAACACACAGAGCAUACUCGAUACAAACACUGGUCCAAAAGUCCCAACGGAUCCCUUCUUCCCUGUCCUGAGCAAAGAUGAAAGUACCACUUUACAGUGGCCAACGGAGCUUCUUGAAUUUACAAAAGCUCAACCUUCACUGUCUUACAGCUGUAAUCCUCUCUACUUUGACUUUAAGCUUUCAAGAAAUAAAGGACUGCGUGGUGGGAAAUCAGCAAAGUCCCUCAAGCCUGGAGAAGAGGCUGAUGACAAAGGGCAGGUUGUAGCUACUUCAACAGCUGAAGCCACUGUACCAGAACCUGAAGCAUGCACUGAUAAAGAGACGCCUGAGAUGAAGGAAGAUCCCAGCCAGCCAGGACCUGAUGAGCAAAAACCCACGACUGCCAGUAGUAGCACAAAAAAGAAAAAGAAGAAGAAGAAGCAUAAGAAAUCGGGGAAACAUUCAAAACGCAAAGGAAAAGAAAAAGAUGCAGCUGGUGAUGCAGAAGAGAAUACGGAAGCAACACAAGAAAAGCCUAAAAAGAAGAAGAAACACAAACGGAAAAAGAGCAAAAACAAAGCUCAAGAUCAAGAACAGGUGGCAGGUGAUGAUAAAGAAAAAGUCAAGCCAAAGUUAGAAGAUAAAGCUGCUGGUUCCUCUGUUCAGUCCACAGCUGGAAGAACAACAGGAUCCGAGCCAGGUAAAAGGAAACGCGCUGCAAAGGAAGUGCCUUCUAAAUCUGGAGCAGAACAAGGAGGAAGUGGAAAAAAUAACGACAAGAGCAACUCCUCAGAAGAUCCCUGUAACUCUAAAAGACAAAAAACAGACUCGAGCGGAUCGCAAAAUGCAUCAUGUUCUACAUCUGCUCAGAAGAGUCCAGGUCACGGUCGACCACCCAGCAGUGAGAGCGAGGAGGAAGGCGGCUCCAACACCCAACAUUCACGUCAUCACAGGUCCAGCCCACGAGAGCAGCGGCGCCACCACAGCGAAGAGUCCAGACGGUCCCACAGUCGCUCAUCAAGGCGGGGAGAACGACGUGGCAGCAGCCGGCGGCACCAUCGUGGCCAAACCUCCCGCAGUCGCUCCUACUCCAGCAGUUCUGGGCGCUCCUCAGCAAGAAGUAGCGCCUACAGUCACCGCAGCCACAGUUAUUCCGACAGCUACAGCGACUACAGCACGGAAGGCCGCCGACGGAGGCGCUCUAAACGUUCAUCUGACUCAGAGUAUGAGCGACGGGGCAGUCGAGGUCGCAGGCGAUCCAGAAGACAUCAAUACUCCUCUUCAUCCUCAGACGAUUCCCGCUCUCGUUCUCGCAGCUACAGCAGGAGGAAGCGGCACCGGCGGCACCACCACAGCAGCUCGAGAAGCUCCAGCAGCUGGAGCCGCAGCACCAGCACAAGAUCGUGGAGACGAAGCUAUAGCCGGAGUCGAAGCUCAGCGAGUCGCUCCUCCAGUUCCAACAAAGGCUCGCCUCACCGACGGAGCGCCAGGGGUCGGGCAGACAGCGACACACAUCGCAGAGACUUCAACCGAUCUCGGAUUUAUCGCUCGCAGUCUCCUCGCACGUCAUCGCGAAGCCUCAACCGGAGCAGCCACACAUCAACUUCCCAGACUUUGAGGCCGGUCGGGUCUCGUGAUGCAGGGGAACACAAGAACAUGCUUACAGCGCGGCAGUUGCUUGAGAGGGUUCAGUCCAAGAAAAGUUCAGAGGAUUCUGCCUCCGGAACAAAAUCUGGGAUUAAGAUUAAGGAUCCACCACAGGGUUACUUUGGUCCUAAAUUACCACCAGCCCUGGGAAGCAAAGCCAUGUUGCCCCUCUUUGGUAAGCUGCAAGCAGGGAAGAAACCGUUGAUUCCCCUAACGAGACCCGAUGAGGGAGAGAAAUCAGGAACGGGGAAGGGUUCUGAAGCGGAUGGAGAGGUCAUCCUAGUAGAACACAUAAGGGAGUUUCCCCCUCCUCCACCGCCCCCAGCGCCACCAGUGCAGAAGGUCGAGGAAGUGCAGCAGAACACAGUGACACAGGAAGAGACACAGCAGCAGUCGGCCACAGAAGAGCAAGUACACCAAGAACCACAGCCACUGUUUGAACAAGAUCCUUCCAUGAUUAUGCCCCAGUAUCAAGCAGAGCCAGGUCAAGACCUCUCCCAGAACUCCAUGAUGGAGUCAAUCAUGCCUGAAAUGCAGCAACAGCAGCCAGUGCAUGGUUACCCCGCUUACCACCCGUCCAGUCUGGAGGAAGAUGGCAUCGAAACGGAGGAGGAUGGCCUGGCACCACUGGAGAGUCAGCCAAUCACAUUCACUCCAGAGGAGAUGGAGAAGUACAGCAAGCUGCAACAGGCGGCGCAGCAACACAUUCAGCAACAGCUUCUGGCCAAGCAGGUCAAGGCCUUCCCCUCUGCUGCUGCCGCUGCGGCCGCUGCUGCAGCAGCUGCUAACUUAGCCCCGGCGCCCCCUCCACCAGCCCUGCAGCAGAUCCACAUUCAGCAGCCAACCGUCUCCGUCGCCUCUGGGACAUCGAUCACCACUGUCCAACAUGCCAUCCUGCAGCACCACGCAGCCACCGCUGCUGCAAUGGGAAUCCACCCCGCGCAUGCCCACCAUCCUCACCCUGCACAUGCCCAGCUGGCACAGGUGCAUCACAUUCCCCAGCACCACCUUACUCCCAUCUCCCUGUCCCCGUUAGGCCACUCUCUUGGUCAUUCUUUGGGACAUUCUCUGGGGCAUGCAGGGCUGAUUCCUGCCCACCCAACAGCCUUCCUCUCCGGUCAGCCUAUUCAUAUUAUCCCUGCUUCUGCACUUCACCACACACCCUUGGCGCUCCACCAUGUCCCGCACACAGCCCUCUACCCAACACUAUUCGCACCUCGGCCGUCACAGGCUGCUGCAGCAGCAGCUCUCCAGCUACACCCACUUCUACACCCAAUAUUCUCAGGACAGGACCUCCAACAUCCGCCGAACCACGGCUCUUGAGUGACGAUGGAUGCAAAACAGGAUGUAAACAUUCAGAACACUGAUAGAGGUCUGCGACGAUCUUGAUUUAGGGAUGGGGAUGAAGUCUUUGCAUCAGUGUAUAGGAAGUCAGACAUGUAAAAUCACAAUUUUACACUCAGAAGGUGGUCAUUACGUGGAGCAGCCUGUUUGGUUAAAAAAGGUGACACUAGCGUUUUUAUAUUGUUUGGAUUUUUACAUUUUCUUGGUCACUCAUGUUUCCUGUUUUAAAGGCCGAUUUAUAGAUGUAAUGAGACGUUCUGUUGAGAUUGUCUUAUAAACCAAUUGGGUCGGCAUUCCCAGCCUCACUAACCACUGGAGUUUUUUUUUUUUUUAAGUUUUUCUCAUUUAUGCAGUCAUAAUCUUUGCUAAGUUUGGCAUCCAAGGAGAUCCAUAAUGGUUGAGAUUAUAUAGAGGAUCAUGAUGAGACAGGACAUAGAUUUUGUUACAGAAACUUAACAACUUCACCUCUGUUGUGAUGAACUCAAUGAUGUGACACUUUUCCCCAUAUAACUACCUGUUCUUUAUUGAAUUCUUGGUCUCAAAAUAAUUUGUAUUGCUGUAGUUUGUACAUAUAUCAUUGUGUAAUGUGAAGAAGCCAGCCAUCCAUUACUAUGAAAUAGCUUUGGUGUCUAAACUGGUAUGACACUGUCACAAAAGAUGUCCUCUCUAAAUUUGCAGAAAUGUGGCAGAGGUUUUAACAUCUCUAAUACUCUGAGGCAAAGCUCCUGUUUUCCCAUGGGAGGGUACGUGUGAAUGAAUUGCACUGAAAUCUGUACAUUGGGGUGGUGCUUGGGCAUCAUGUAACAAUAAGAUUGUAGUAUACUGCAAUAAUUGUAUUUUUAUUUUUAAAUUAUUUUCCAAAUGCUCUUCAGAAGAAGAGCUUUGUUUGGCUUUUUUCUGUAAUUUUGUAAAUAAAAAUGCUGUAGAUUAACCUAUUAACAUUCUGAAAAGGUUGACACUGCUGUUGGUAAAGCAGACAAAUUACAAGUUAGUUACAACAUGAAUAUGUGUUUUAUCAAGGUUGGAUCUUAAAAUGUUCCCGCUGAGGAUGGCUGGGAUCCCAGACAAGUUAUCUGUCAAAAAACAAAAGUUGUGACUCUUGUAUUUUUAAAAACAUAACUGUUUCAACAAAUAAAACUUUGAGUCCA